AUGGAAAUUCAUAUAGGAAAUUAUUUGGAUUCAAAUAAUUAUACAAAUUGGAGUACUUCGGGGCUUUUGCAAUACUUGGUUGAAAAAGAAAAUUAUACGACUGAAGAUGCUACAAUAUUCAUAAUGCUUUUCGCUGUACAAGAGCAAGAUCAACGAGCCCAAAAUCAAGAAUAUCAAUGGGCCCAAAGACAACAAGAUCAACGGAUUCAACCACAAUUAGCAGAUACACAAGUGUUUGAAGUGCAUUCCACGAUUUUAUAUGCACGCUCUUCCUUUUUUCAGGAAGUUCUGUCAACUAAUAAAGUUGAAUAUGAAAUUUCUAUACCAGAUGUUUCACCACAAUGUUUUAAAACCUUAUUAAAGUGA